CAGCAACAAAUUUAAAAAUUGAAGGAGGUGGACUUAAAUCAUUUAUUAAAACAAGAUGGACUUCGAUGUAUGAAGCUACAUCUUCAAUUAUACGAAUGCAACAUGCAUUAGAAGAGAUAGCAUUUAAUAAAUCCGAUGAAAUUACAAAUAAAAUUGUAAAACGAUAUUUGAAAAAGCGUAUAUUUUAUGAUGAAGUUACGACUUUAUCAAAAAUUCUUCAACCAAUUAAAACAGCCAUUCUGAUGGUAGAAGGAGAACAAACCAAUCUAGCUGAUGCUUUCAUUCAAAUAAUUCG